CAAUGUUGUAGUUUCUCCUUGUAAUCACGAUGAUGGAGCCUUCAGUUCUCAUCGAUUUCGAUUGGAGUUCGUCUCCUGAUGGAAAAUCUCAUAUCAAUGCGUCAAAGUGUUAUCAUUCUAGCUCAAGCAAUUCUUCGUGUGGUCUUUUGGAACGCCCAUCAAUACUCUUCAAUAACGCUGGCUCAAAUAAGUUUGGGCAAAAGUUAAUCAAACACAAAGUUCUUAUCUGCAGUCCAAUCGGAAAGGUUGGCAAAAGUUCUUUGGUUGCUAAGUUAUGUGGAAAUCCAACUCCUAAAAAGCACUUUGAGACACCAGGGCUUGUCGGACAUGUUCGAUAUUGGCCUGCCAAGAUCAAGAGUAGUGGCGAAGUAGCGUACUUUCAAUUCAUUUUCUUCGAGUAUGGACCUUCAGCUGAAAAAAAUAACCCAAAUGUCGUGAAACUAGCGCUUGACGGGUGCGAGGCAUUAGUCGUUGCCUUUUCUCUAACUAAUAAAAAUAGCUUUGACAUGUUGCCAAAUUAUAUUCAGUCAAUGAAAGAUAAAUUCAUGAACUGCACAAUGUCAGAUUUAACACCCGAAAUAGUAGUGGCUGGAACUCAUGCGGACUCGGUGCAACAGAUAGAAGUCUCACAGCAAGAGUUAGUUGACUUCAGAAGAGAUUUCUUCCCUGUGUUCAGGCUGAAGUGUGUAAGUUCGACUGCGAAUGUGCCAUCGAUAGCACUUCCGACCACUGAAGACGAAUCAAAACGAGUGAGCAUUGAUGCCGAAGUGGUUUCGUUUAUGAACAAUCUCUGCAAUUAUUUAUUGUUACGAGACACAUCCCUACAAUAAGUCAUCCGUAUGUUAUAAAUUAUAAAUCAAAUAGAAGCUGUUUUUGGACAUAAGGUGUCUUGUUUGUUAGUUCUGAAAGUUUCUCAAUUUUGAAAGUUCUUUAUUCCGGGUUAUUUUUAAAUCUGCGCUUUAUUGAUUUUAAAUUUAAUUUACGAAUUUUA